UAAUUAAAUAACUAAUAAAUAGCCUUUCUGGUCCUGCUCCAUUCACGUUUAUUUCUUUGAAUUGAUAUUUUUUAUGCUCCUCUCCUCCUAGCUCAACACGUUCCAACCUGACUCAGUAUAAUUGCCAAACAAACCGAAACAAAACUGUCUCUCCUCUCUUUUUUCUCUCCGAGUUGCCUUCAGCGAGUUUGAGUUCAUGGCGGCCUCAAAACUCGCUUUUCUGUCAAUUCUCUUCGUUUUUGCCCUAAUCUUCACCGCCGUCGGUGUUAGGGCUGAUGUUGAUGAUGAUAAUACAGCUGAGUCGGCUGCUGCCGUUGAUUUGUCCGCGUUGAAGAUCGAACUUGAUCAACUCAAGUCUAAGAUCCACGCACACGAAUCUCAUAUCGAUGAGAAAACAAAAGAAUUGAAUGGUAAGGAUGUCAUGAUAGCGCAGAAGGAGACAAUUAUUCAAGAGAAAGUUGAUAGCAUUGCGUCGCUGCAGAGUGAAAUUUCAUCUCUUAAGAAAAAAGGGAAGAUUGAUGCUCAGGAGCUAGUUGGGAAGGCGCAUGCACGUGCGGGCGAGCUAGAGAAACAGACGGUGAAGCUCUCUAAGGAAUUAGAAACACAACAACAGGAAAACGAGGCCCUGGAAGCCAGAGCAAGUGAAGCUGAAAAGAAGAUUAGUGAAUUGAACUUUAAGCUAGCAGAUCUUGAAAAGAUUAAUGUGGAGCAGAAAAGCAAAAUCCGUAAAACAGAACGUGCUCUUAAAAUUGCUGAGGAAGAACUGAUAAAAACAAAAUCUGAGGCCAUUUCAAAGGCCAAAGAGUUAAUGGAGGUUCACGGGGCAUGGCUUCCACCUUGGCUUGCUGUACAGUUGAUUCGUUGGCAGUCUCUGGCACAUACACAUUGGAGUGAGCAUGGAAAACCUACCAUGGAACUGGCAAUUCAAAAGGCCCUGGAGAAAAAAGCCCAAGCUGAAAAGUGGGCCGAGCCACAUGUGGAAACAAUUAAAACUAAAUGGGUCCCAGCUAUUAAUGAGCAAUGGGUUGUGAUUACUACACAAGUUAAGCCUCAUGUGCAAUCAUUAACUGCUAAAACAGUUCAAAUUUAUGAGGCCUCAAAGACUACAGUCACUCCACACAUCAUCAGAGUACAAGAAAUAGCUGAUCCUUACCUUCAGGAAGCUAAAAAGUUCAGCAAGCCAUAUAUUGAUCAGGUUGCUACCAUGACAAAGCCCCAUGUUGAUAAAGUUAAAGUGGCUUUGAAGCCGUACACAAAAGAGGCAGUUCAUGCAUAUGGGAAGUUUUUAGAAUCUGCAACCACAUACCACAAUCAGGUGCAAGUCACUGUACAAGAGACACUGGAAAAGCACGAGCUCACAAAACCACUUGCAAUGAAAGAGUUGAUCUGGUUCAUUGCCUCUGCUUUGUUGGCCCUACCUGUCAUUAUUUUGGCCAGAGCUUGUUCUUCCAUCUUCUGCCAAAAGGCAAAGAAACCUGCUAGAAAUGCUCAUGCCAAUCCCUCUCGUCGCAAGGCUAAACGGGGGCAUUCAGACAAGUAGACUUUUUGGUGCAUUGCUCGGAUUUUCCAUUGCAAUUUAUUGGGAUGGGACUUGUGAUCUUUGCGUGGGCUUUUGGGACUGAUUUUCCAUCCACGGAGCACCCGCACCUGCAAUUUCUUGCCUUUUAGUCUUUGUGAAGAAUGUCUAGAACCUUUCACACUACAAAAGUUUAGAUGUAUUUUGAGUCAUGUUGGUAGAGACCUAAGAGUUGUAAUUUAUUUUUUAUUCUUCUCAAUUUACAGUUGAAAUGACUGAAAUCUUCCCUAUCA